GCACGACAUGGCCAUCAAGGACGCCGACGAGUGCGCGGCGCUGUGCCCCGACUGGGACAAGCCGCUCGCGCGCCGCGCGAUGGCGCUCGCCUCGCGCGCGCCGAGUACGGCCGGCUCGCGACGGCGCAGCGCGAGUUUGCGGCCGAGGCGGAGAAGAAGGCGGAGGAGGCGCGGCUGGUCGAGGCGGAGAAGGCGGAGCGGCGGCGGCGCGAGGCGCAGCAGCGCGAGGCGAGAUGUAGCCGAGAUGUAGCCGAGAUGCAGCCGAGAUGCAGCCGGGGUGUAGCCGGGGUGUAG